UGGUGUCAAAAAAUUACAUCUGUGCAAUGACCGCAGAGCUUUUCACCAUUAUUACAUAAGUAGAAUAAUUCGAUUUUACCUUAUUGGAUAGGAGGAUCUUGAAAUCCAAAGAUAUCCACACCAGCUGCUGGCCGCGGCUGGCGUGUAGCCCGAGAAAAAUAUCGAAGAAUCCUGAGUUGAGUUGAUUGUCGGAAGUGUAGCCUGGAUAUCGGCACUUCCUGAUGUGUUUUUUGGUUUGGCUUUAGCUGCAUCCCCUGCAGGUUGCACCGUUGCGGGCCCUGCACGCUGCAUGCUCCCGGCAGCCGCUCACCGCUCAGCUGACAUGGUAAACAAACACCACGUUACACUGAGGAACCUUCUCUACACACACCUCCUUACACUGGAUCCCAAGGAUCGUCGCGGCUCUAAACAACAAGUUUAUAAGAUUAGAUACAGAGCGUCGGACUGACAUCUUACUGAGCUCUUCAGAAUGCCCCAAGGAAAUGAAAACAAUGACAACGGUGUCACAGUGAUGCCGGAUGCUGCUGAUGAUAUGCCCAUGUUAGUUGCCGAGGAUGAAGAGGAGGUGCCAGAUCUGGUUGAAGCUCCACACCUUCCCCGUGUUCCUGUCACAAUUCUCUCUGGCUAUCUUGGUGCUGGCAAGACCACACUCCUAAAUUACAUCCUCACACAGCAACAUAACAAAAAGAUAGCUGUCAUACUCAAUGAAUUUGGUGAAGGAAGCUCCCUAGAGAAGAGUCUGAACGUGGGACAUGGAGGGGAGUUAUUUGAGGAGUGGCUGGAGCUGAGGAAUGGCUGUCUCUGUUGCUCUGUCAAGGAUAACGGUGUCAAGGCCAUAGAGAACCUCAUGAAGAAAAGAGGCAAGUUCGACUACAUUCUCCUGGAGACUACGGGAUUAGCAGACCCAGGUCCCAUUGCGUCACUCUUCUGGGUGGACAAACAACUCGAGAGUGAAGUCUAUCUUGAUGGAAUCAUCACCGUGCUGGACGCCAAGUACGCCGAGAAAAAUAUCACUGAGAAGAAGCCAGAAGGAGUGGUGAACGAGGCUGUGAGACAGGUGGCGCUGGCGGACCUGUUGAUCUUGAACAAGACAGAUCUUGUGGACCAGCAGCAGCUGCAGCAGGUGUCACAGAUAGUUAGAACAAUCAACAGAUCAGCAGAGAUUGUCCACACUCACAGAUGUAGAGUUGACCUAGACAAACUGCUUGACCUCCAUGCCUAUGACAAGUUUGGUACUGAUGAGUAUGAGCGCACCCUCAGCACACGCUUCGAGGAGGACCUACCCCAUUUGGAUCAACGGGUAGGAACUGUUACCCUUGAAGUGGAAGGCAGCCUGACACCUGCCAGCCUGGACACCCUUGUAGAGGUGCUGCUGUGGGAACGCUCUCUCACCACAGCUGCUGGACAUCACCCUGCCAUCUACCGAAUGAAGGGGAUCUUGUCUGUAGUGGGUGAAGAUCGCCGGGUAAUGAUACAAGCAGUACAGGAGCUGUAUGAAGCAGAGCCUGUUGACCCAUGGCCACUGCACAGCCCUAGAUCAUGCAAGUUUGUGUUCAUUGGGGAGCAUCUGGAGUCAGGCAGCCUGCAGCAGUUCCUUCAAUCCCUGAUGGUGGAGGGGCCCAGUGGAGUGCCUUAAAGAGAGAUGCUGUGA